AUGCAUAUCCUUGUACAGAUGAAAACAGAGAGAUUUAUUGUAGAUGGGGUAGAUGGGGUUUUCAAUAUUAUAUCGAACGAAGAAUACAAAAGUGCAGAGCACCGAGUAUUGGCCAAUUCUUACCAUGAACCAAGAGUGUCAAUGGCAGUUUUCUGCAGCCCAGGAAAUAGAGACGAUGUUUAUGGACCAUUGCCAGAGCUCACAUCACCAGAGAAACCUGCAAUUUACCGGCAGUUCACGUUGACAGACUUCAUGACUAGGUUUUUCAAAAAGGAGUUGGACUGCAAAUCUUUGACAAAUUACUAUAAGAUGUGA